AUGGACUUUAACAAGCUCAUAUCAGUUCUGUUUUUCUCAUAUAAUUUUUGCAUUCAUGUCCUCAUUCUUCACUCGUGCCUUGCUUUGAGACGGAGUGGAAAUGAGACAGAUAAGCUGGCCUUGCUUGAAAUCAAGUCCAGGAUAACUGAUGACCCUUUUGGAGUCUUGACUUCAUGGAACGAGACCAACCACUUUUGCCAGUGGCAUGGUGUCACAUGCGGUCGGCGCCACCAGAGGGUCACGAGUUUGAACCUGAAUUCCUCGAAACUUGCAGGCUCAAUCUCACCGCAUGUUGGGAAUUUGAGUUUCUUGAGAGUGAUUCGUUUCCAUAACAACAGCUUCAGGUAUCAAAUCCCUCCAGAAAUCAGCCGUCUGCGCAGAUUGAAAGAUUUAGUCUUGGCGAAUAAUUCACUUGGUGGAGAAAUUCCCACCAACUUAUCAGCUUGCUCCCAACUCCUUAGGAUUUCUUGUGGCUUCAACUUGUUAGUAGGAAGCAUUCCAGAGGAGCUUGGCACUUUGUCAAAGCUAAGAGUGCUUUCAUUUACAAGAACAGCCUUACAGGAAGGGAGUAUUCCAGAUAUUUUUGGUCAACUGACCAAUUUUAAGUAUUUUGUUGCGGAUGGAAAUAGGCUGUCUGGUAUUAUCCCUCCCUCAUUCUUCAAUCUUUCUUCUAUCCUACAGCUUGCAAUUGCAAACAACAAAAUCCAAGGGACUUUGCCUUUAAACUUAGGUAGUGCCUUGCCAAAUCUCAUUUAUUUUGGUAUUGAUAACAACAAGUUUAGUGGACCUAUUCCUGCUUCAGUAUCUAAUGCCUCAAACCUAUAUCAUCUGGGACUGUUAGCAAAUCAACUACAUGGAGAAGUCCCUUCUCUGAAAAAAUUGCACCUGCUUGAGCGUUUAGUUCUUACUAAUAACCAUCUUGGGAGCGGAGAAAUUGGUGACUUGGGCUUUCUCUGUGAUUUGGCUAACGCUACUCGUUUGCAAGUUCUGAACAUCAAUAAAAACAGUUUGGAGUUCAUAGUUGCUGCAAAUAAUAUUAAAGGAAGUAUCCCAAAUGGAAUUGGAAAUCUGGUUAACUUGCAAAGCCUGUCCUUCUAUAUGAACCAAUUUUCAGGACAAAUCCCCCCUGAUGUUGGAAAGCUUCAGAAGCUAUAUGACAUUCAAGGCCAUAUCCCUACAACUUUAUCUGAGUGUCACAGUUUGGCGGCCUUAAUUCUGCGUGAGAAUAAUUUCACCGGUACCAUUCCCCAAGGAGUCUUUGGCCUCUCUUCAUUAUCUGAGUUGGACUUGUCUCAAAAUCAAUUGACCGGUUUGCUUCCCAAAGAAGUAGGAAGUUUAUUAAAUCUGGAGUAUUUAGAUGUGUCUCAAAACAUGCUAUUUGGUGAAAUUCCGGCAAGUCUAGGUAGCUGUAUAAAAACAGAACAUCUAAACAUGCAAGGAAACUUCUUACAAGGGACAAUUCCAUCAUCUCUACGUUCACUAAGAGGUAUUGAAGAUUUAAAUCUCUCUCGCAACAAUUUCUCAGGCAGGAUUCCAGAGUUCUUAGGGGAUUUUAAAUUUUUAGAAUCUUUGGAUUUAUCAUAUAACAAUUUUGAGGGCAUGGUACCAAUCAAAGGAGUUUUCAGAAAUGCCACUGCCACAUCGGUCAAAGGAAACAGUAAAGUUUGCGGCGGCAUCCCUGAGUUUCGAUUGCCAAACUGCAAACUUCAACAUGCCAGCAAGAGAAGAUUGAGCCUAACCAUGAAAUUGGUAAUCUCUUUGGUUUGUGGGAUACUUGGAGUCACUUUUGCACUAACUUUUUUGUACCUGCGUAGCUCACGGAGAGAAAAAAAGGAAAGCGCUUCAAGUGAUUCAGACAAAUUUCUCAAGGUGUCUUAUCAAAGCCUUCUAAAAGCUACUGAUGCAUUCUCCUCUACCAACUUGAUCGGCGUGGGCAGUUUUGGGUCAGUCUAUAAAGGAGUACUUGAAGAUGGUGGAACAACAAUUGCCAUCAAGGUUUUCAAUCUCGUUCGUCGUGGAGCCUACAAAAGUUUCACUGCUGAGUGUGAGGCUUUGAAAAAUAUAAGACACCGUAAUCUUGUGAAAGUACUCUCGGUGUGUUCAGGUUCUGACUAUCGCGGUAAUGAUUUCAAGGCCUUAAUUUAUGAGUUCAUGGUUAAUAGAAGUUUAGAGGAAUGGUUGCAUCCUGCUGGAACAAAUGGAGAGAUAAAUGAUGGGCAAAGGAGCUUAACUUUUUGUCAAAGAUUGAACAUAGCGAUUGACGUUGCUAUGGCGGUAGAGUAUCUCCAUCAUCAUUGUCAUACACCAGCGGUUCACUGCGACCUUAAACCCAGCAACGUGCUUCUCGACGAUGAUAUGAUUGGACAUGUAGGUGACUUUGGGUUGGCAAAAUUCCUCCCCAUAACUUCUCAAACCAGUUCUGGUAAUCAAUCAAGCUCGCUCGGAAUAAAAGGAACAAUUGGUUAUACUCCUCCAGAGUAUGGUAUGGGACACAACGUGUGGAUACAAGGAGAUGUGUACAGUUAUGGCAUUCUGCUGCUCGAGAUGUUUACAGGAAAAAAACCGACCGACAAUCUGUUUCAAGGAACUUUAACCCUUCAUAACUUUGUCAAGGCCGCUGUGCCUGAGCAAUUGGUAGAGAUUGUGGAUCCCGCUCUUGUUCAGGAAAUGGUGCAAGCGGCGAUGAGCACUAGCAAUCAUCAGUUGCCUGGAGAAAGGUUGGACAUGAGUGAUGUUGUGGCACAGAUGUGUCAGAUCAGAAAGAAGCAUACUAGUAUGGUAUGGGACAUGAAGUAUGGAAAAAAGGAGAUGCGUAUAGGAAAAAGACCAACCGAUAAAAUAUUUCAAGGGACUUCAAACCUUCGUAACCUUGUCAAAGGAAGUCUGCCUGAGGAAGUGAUGGAGAUUUCGGAUCCCGUUCUUGUUCGAGAAAAAGAAGGGGAGAUGAACGGAAACAAUCAUCUUAAUAAGGCUAGCAUACAGCUUUGGAUCAAAAUUGAAGAAAGCUUGGUUGCUAUUUUGGAAAUUGGUGUUGCUUGA